UUCUUCUCUAACUCCCUUUUCUGUGUUUCAGAGGAACACAAGAUCAUCCAGGCAGAAUUCUACUUGUCCCCUGAUGAAGCAGGAGAAUUUAUGUUUGACUUCGAUGGUGAUGAGAUUUUCCAUGUGGACAUAAAAAAGGAGCAGACGGUCUGGCGCCUGGAAGAGUUUGGACAGUAUGCCAGCUUUGAGGCGCAGGGUGCAUUGGCCAAUAUGGCCGUGGACAAAGCCAAUCUGGGGGCCAUGAUGAAGCGCUCCAACAACACUCCGGGCAGCAACGUGGCUCCUGAAGUAACCGUGCUCUCCCACGGCCCCGUGGAACAGGGAGAACCCAAUGUCCUCAUCUGUUUUGUGGACAAGUUCUCCCCUCCGGUGCUCAGUGCCACAUGGCUCAAAAAUGGAAAGCCAGUCACCAAGGGCGUGUCAGAGACCGUCUUCCUACCCAGGGAGGACAACCUGUUCCGCAAGUUCUACUAUCUCCCCUUCCUGCCCUCUAUUGAAGAUGUCUAUGACUGUCAAGUGGACCACUUGGGUUUGGAUAAACCUCUUCUCAAGCACUGGGGUAUGGAGAAUCCUUUGGUCCUCUUCGUUGUAAAGUUUCCUCCUCUGGUGCUUCUGUCUGGCCCUUCAAACUCAGAA